GUUGGACGUACAAAGCGGCAUUUUUUUUUGCCGUUUUGCAUUUCCAUCGCAGUCUCGCCGACGGUACAACGCCACAACGGUUCCCGUUACUUCCGUAACCGGGAAAAUGAUGAAAAUCGCCAAUAACGGCCAUUCAGACAUACUCGCCAUGGUUGUCGUUUGUCUGCUGUUGUCGACGUGCGACGUUGUCCUUGCGAAAGUGGCUUUGUAUAAGUGCUGCAAACGGUCCAACGAAAUUAUGGUGGACAACAACUGCACGCGUGUGGACGAACGGCUACCGCCGCUACGUGUGCCGACGGCCAACGACGGACAACCGGUGUACCGCUACCACGAAUCGGACACGUUCGACGUAGUCAUAGGCUCGCCGUGCCCGAACGGGGUUUUUCCACUGGAACCGGACCGGUAUUCCGAAGACGCGUACCGGAUCGACGGCACCACCGGCCGAUUAUUUACCGUAAACGUCGGUGAUUUCAAUCCCACUGAGUACUGCUUGGAACGACUUGAAACCAACGCGGUGAGCGCGUACCCGUGCUUACCCAACGACACGCAGCACGUAAAAAUCGACUCUGACGAGUGGCAGAUGACCGUCUAUUCCACCACCCUGAUGUUGUCCGUGCCGUUUCUGAUCAUCACGUUCCUGGUGUACGCCUGCUUGCGAGAGCUCCGCAACUUGCACGGAAAAUCACUCAUGUGUCACGUGUCCAGCCUGACCGUGGCCUACUCUUUCUUAGCGUUCAUUCAAGUCAACAAUCCUACCGGCAAUUUAUGCAUAGUUACAGCAUUCAUUAUUCAGGUUUCCUUUUUGGCUAGUUUCUUAUGGUUAAAUGUCAUGUGUUUUGAUCUUUGGUGGACGUUCAGCGGAUUUAGACCACUAAGGGGAAAUGCUAAGAGACAAGAAGCUAAAAAGUUUGUUAUAUAUUCAAUAUAUGCCUGGGGAUGGUCCAUUAUUAUACUGAUUAUAACUUUAUACAUGGAAUUUUCGCCAACGGUAUCACCAAAUGCCAUCCGCCCAGAAUUCGGAAAAACCCGUUGUUGGUUUUCUUUAAAAACCGCAUCAUUUUUGUAUUUCUACGGGCCAAUCGGUAUACUGUUAUUCAGUAAUUUACUGAUGUUUAUUUAUACCGCAGUAAAAAUAGUCAAACGCAUGAGAGACGCAAAAGUACUCGUCGGGUCAGAAAGCAAGAAAAACAUUGAUCACGAAAAACAAAGAUUUAUGUUGUACUUAAAAUUAUUCAUUGUGAUGGGAAUAAAUUGGCUCACGGAAGUUAUAUCGUGGGCGUUUGAUAGUUCGAAAUCUGUAUGGUACGUGACUGAUAUUGGAAAUACCCUACAAGGAGUGUUGAUAUUUUUGAUUUUCGUUUGUAAAAAACGAGUCCUGAAAUUAUUUAAAAAAAAAUUGCGUUCAACCUCUACACAAUCGAUGAGAAGUACGACGUCGACCAGGACUAGCACAGUCUCUAAGUCGUGUUUAGGAACUAAGGAUUCGAUGGAAAUCAAUAUUGUCAAUAAGCAGACUUCUACCAGUGACUCAGUUUCAGAUUUCCAAGCUUAACAGUCGCGUGUCAUUUUUAUAUAUCAAUCGUUUUAAGAAUUAAAAUUAUUAUUUCCAUUUUUAUUAAAAUAAAAAAAGGAUUAAGAGUUUAAAUUGAAAUUUUUU